AUGGCUCCGAAACGAGAAAAGAGGCCCCCCAUUGGUCCGGCGAUCGACACUAAUUACACUAUGCUUGACCCGGCAUUCGACAACGGUCAUCGCGCACGUUACAUCGAGAACGGAGUGAUGCUUCCGCCAUUACGUAUGAGGGGCCACACCAAGGUCAAAGAGAUGAACUACGACAACCGCUACGAGCCAUAUUACAGGAGAGCCGGGCUCUUGGGUUUCGUGCUCCAGUUCAAGCGUACGCCGCCGACGCUUGUCCACACGGCCCUCACAGCGUUGGUGGACCGUUGGCGGCCCGAGACGCACUCUUUCCAUCUCCGAUGUGGUGAGAUGACGGUGACGCUCGAGGACUUCGCCAUGAUCACGGCCCUACCGAUCAAGGGCCAUGCUCUCAUUGGGCGCGUGGAUAGGAAGAACUGGCCGGACAGGGUUACCGCCCUCAUCGGCGAUUGCCCUCCCAUCAAGAGUAACCGAACAUCCGGUGUAGCACUGGCAUGGCUCCUAGACCACCGGGCCGAAUGCCCGCAAGAUGCGGAUCCGAGGACCGUGGAGCAGUAUGCAAGGGCCUACCUGUGGUUUCUUCUCACAGAGGUGGUCUUUCCUGACUGCUCGGGGGACAACGCCCUAUGGAUGUACCUGGACUUCCUGGCCGACUGGGAUGCAGGGUACAACUGGGGGUCUGCUGGCCUCGCGUACCUCUACCGUUCGCUGGAUGACGCAACGCAGAGGACCGAGAAAACAUCUGGGAUGUGUGGGUGUGUCUGGGCCCUCUCGAUUUGGAGUUGGGAGCGGCUGCCGGUUGGUCGCCCUGAGAAACUGCCACGGACGACAGAGUGGACGGAGUAUGGCGAGGAUGGCGACAGUUCUCGAUACCCUACCGUCGCCUAUUCUUGGGACACGGUUAAGGUCUUCUCAGGCAAGGGAAGUGUGAUGUACAAGGCCUUCACCAACGAGCUGGACAACGUGACAUCUUUUCAGGUUAACUGGUGGCCGUACCACGAUAGAGCUUGGGGGUUCGAGCUGAACGAGAUGUGCGAGCGGGACCGCCUUCUCUUCCGGUGCAUUGUCCCGCUGAUAUGCGUGUACGCCGUUGAAUGGCACCUACCACAACGCGUGGCGACACAAGUUGGCGUAUUGCAACACACACCACCGGCAAGGCCCCACGACACCGGCGGUUACGACCUUCACAAGAAGAGCAGGCAGUAUUCUCAGUCGAUAUUGGACUGGGCUGACGAGCACAAGUCUUUUGUGACAAUGUGGGACGAGAGGACGUUCCGCAAAGAUGGGGAGACGUCAGCUUCAUCAAGCCACACCGGCGGAGGUUCCUCGAGCCAUGCCGCCUCGUCAUCUCGCCUUGUUAACGAGACCGAGGAAGAAGAGGAAGUGGACGAGGAGGAAGAGGAAGAAGAGGGAGAAGAGGAAGGAGGUGACGAUGAAGAAGGUGAUGAGGAGGAGUACGACGACGAUGAUGGACCUCAACCGACUCAGCCAACCCAGUCGAAGAGGGUAUCUCAUCCGCACCAGGAUGUUCUGAGCCCAUUACCGUUUCAGAAACCGGUUCCUCGUCGUCGCUCGAAGAAGCCGGAUGAGGGCCGCUCGAAGACAAACGAGGAGCGUGCCGCCAAGAGGGGGAGGGGGAGGAACUAG